CUUUGCAUUGCCCAAAAUAGCAUAUAUUUGAAAAACGCAAGACCACUCCCAUUUAAAAAAAAUCAGUACCACGCCCAUUUUAAAAAGUUCUCUGCCUGCAUUUCGAAUUCAAUCCAUUUCGCAUUCUCGCUAUUGGUUUAAAAGAAUUUGAGUUCUGGUCUACUCAGAAUUUUCGUGGAGCGGUUUCAAUUUGAGGAUUGAGAAUCAAAGUUAAAUAGCAGGGCAUAGUGUUAAAAUGGGAUUGGUAGAAGAAUGGAGGAUGUUUUUUGAGAGCGCAGAGAGUGAUAUAUGCAGCUUGAUUGAACAUGCAAUCGAUGUUGCAGCGUGUGAUUGCCCUCAGGAAUUAGUGAAGAGGAGGGAUAAAAUAGCAGAGAUGGUUUACGCAUCAAGAUCAUCUGCUGAAGAUGAAGAUGAUGGUAUUCAUAAAAAGGUCAAUGAUAUUGCAGAGAGGAUCAAUAGCUAUCAAACCAUAACUGUGCCUGUGCCUAAAGAAUGUGAAAUAGUGAAAGAGGUGUUCAAUAUAAAACACAUUCUUUCAAAUCAAGAUGAGUCGGAAAACCAACUGGGCGACUCACUGAGAAGAAUGGAGUCGAUGGCAUUGUCUAUUGAAAUCCUAAAGGAAACUAUGAUUGGCAGAAAUGUCAAAUGCUUGCAGAAGCACAAGUCCAAACCAAUUAGCUCCAUGGCGAAGAAGCUUGUCAGAAGGUGGAGAGAAGUUGCAGAUGAAUGGAUGAAAAGUGCUGGAGAAGUUGCUGUAGAUACCAUGGCAGCCGCAGUGGAGCAAAUCCAUAAUCAUAGAAUAGAGCAGCCAUUCAAACUGGAUGACAGACAGUAUAGCAAACAAGAAACAAAAAGUGGUGCUCAAAAUCACAUUGUGAUCAAUCAUAGGAGACGGCGAGUUGUAAGCCAGAAGCAGAAUUUGCACCAAAAGUUAGAUUUCAACAAGCCUAGCUCUCUUCCACUUCCUUCAUCACAUAAAUCAAACUCUCCUGCUCUUGAUGAUAAAUCUGUAAGAGAAAGGAUUGAAGGAGCAAAGAGAAGGCUUCAAGAAGGGUACCGACAAGCUGAAAAGGUGAAGAAGCAACGCACGGUUCAGCUUAUCGAAAUCAAAGACCUGCCUAAGCAAUUAGAUGGGUCAAAGAGAUUAGCAAAGCAUCAUCAUCACCAGUGGAUGAAGAAUUGAAUUUGGGCAGCUUAUUAUGCCAGCAAUUAGAUGAAGCAUGUAUGCUUUGAUUACCUGGGAUAAUUAGAUGUUUCCAGUUUAAUUUGUAACGGUUGUUUCCCACUCAAAACCGGGUGGCAAAACACCAAUUUAAAUUUGUAAGAAUUUGUUUAUUUCUGAUACCGUUGAAUGUAACGGUUUUUUGAAUUA